UGAAUAUGUAUUGCAGUUCAAGUGCUUUAGUAGCGUGGGUAAAAUGAAGCAUACUGAUAGAGUUGGUCGGAGAAUGACUGGAUUAUCAUUUGCAGUUGUCACGGACAGAAGUAGUGUUCUAUAUCUUGAUCAUGAAAUUGCUCCUACAAACACCAUCUUUUAUUCUGGAAUGGGAAUCACUUUAGCAGAUACGAAACUAAGUACGUAUUCAUCAGUGCUAAACAAUGAUAAGAUUCUGUCAGAAAACACCAUAAAUGACAUUCUGCUAACAAAAUCCGUGAUGGAUAAAACGGAUUUAAAAAGAGGGUUUUUAAAUAGCUACGCUUGUGUGGAUCAGUCUGAUGAAAAUGAAUACAUGCAUUUAGGAAUCUUAACGAUAAACAUUUUUUGUCAUUGCAGCAAUAGCCAAAUGUUUUGUUGUUUAUCGUUUUAA